GGGACAUGCGAGCCAAGGCCGAGGCCGUCGUGGAACUCUCCAGCGACGACCAGUUGUUCAACCGCAUCCACCAUUUGUGGCACGUGCGCGUCGCUGUGACGCCCCCGUCCAUCCCCGCGCAGGCUGUGUCAAGUAUGUGCAGAGACUUCGGCGUGCAGGAGGUCAAACGAAUCUCCAAGUGCACUGUGAACAAGAGUCGUGACGCAUUUUGUGAAAUCAUCAAAAAGAUGAAUUUACAGCAGGUGGAGGAUUUGGCGAUGUCCGAGGCCGCGGCAGGGGCCACCGUCAUGUUCCGCCACGUGCAUGACGAGGCGCCCAUGCACGUCAAAUCGUACAUGGCGGAGAGUGGCGGGGCCUACGACCUGUCAGGGCCUGGGGCGCCCACGUGCAGGGGUCGUUCCAGCAAGGUGCAGAACGACACCCUCACGAUCUUUUGUGGGCGCAAAUCAGUUGUCUGUUUCACGGAGUUGCAGGCUUUGCAAAGAAAGGACGCCCCCAGCAUUGCCACGGCCGUGCUUCGGUCGGGCCUGCCGGCACUUCAUAGGUGCGCGGACUCCCGGAGAGCGUCGCCGUCGCCCACACGCAUCUUGUACCUCUUGAUCGGCGACGGCGUCGGGACGAAUGGCGCGGCAGCCCGCCGCGUCUGUGUCCGCUUGCAGGAAGUGGCGCGGGAGUUGAAAUGCCAGAUAUUUCUCAUUCAAGUUAAGUGUUCGUCUCACCAGAGCAAUCUGUGCGUUCAGGUCGCCGUGACAGGGGGGUUGGUGGCCAAACCUUCGGAAAACUGCCCGCUCGCAGGAACAUGCGUGCGUCUCUUUCGCUACCUGCUCAGCGAUUACCUGGAGGAGUUCGCCUCCGCGCUUCGCCGCUUUGUCGUUGACAAGCUCGAGGUCGUCCCUUUCGCCUCAGAGGCCGGGGUCGCCGCUGCGAGUGACGGCUGCGCUCGCAACAGACGGCUUCAACUCUUGUACGGUACCCAGGCGUUUCCUGAUGAAUUGUGCGCUUUCUUCAAUGCUGGCAUUGGUGCCUUCAAGACAGUCGCCGAUGACUCUCCGAGCGGGCGCGCGGCCCUGCACGCCCAGGCGUACCGGUUGCUGUACCGCUUGCUCUUCAAGCUGGAGAACAAGCCGAUCACUACGGGCUGCGCGCCCGAAGCAAUCCCGGCGUGUCGACAGGAUGCUGUGUUCACGUUGCUGCGAUUUGUACUCCUGGGCCUGAAGCCAGAGGACGUGUUCGUUUUGACCAUGACGAACCCGCAGAAGGACAACCAGAAAAGGUUGCAGUCCGUGCGGGCCUUCCUGACGCGCCCAGACUGCGGCCAACUGCUCCGGAAGGCGGCGCUGUGCAUUCGUCUCACGUUGCACGCCACGUCUAUCACAGGUCAAACCCGCAAGAGCAUGGAGGUGCACGGGAAGCCUCUGCUGCUGCGCUUGGCUCAGGGCGACGUGCAAGCGGCGACGUCCCGAGACCUUCAAACCAUGAUUCCGCUACUGACGCAGGACAAGGACUUGGACGCCGUUGGUGCUCUGACAGGCCUCCUGCUCACGCAGGGCCACAUCGUUGUUCGCUUCCAGCAGUACGCGGAGUACCCGAUGCUCCUGUGGAAAAUGGUAGAGGCUUUUAACGGGGACGGCGCCCGAAGAGAGGCCCAGGCAUUCAUCGGCCUUGCUGCGUCCACUCUGGAUACUGGUUAUUCGAAGCCACUUCAAACGGAGGCCAAGCGUGGGAGAUCAGACGCAGAAGCCGUUUCUUGGCUACUGUCACGCAGUGUUCAACAGGAGCUUUUCGAUUUUUUCCAUUCCGCCGAGGGGAACAGUUUGGACGCCGAGAGGGCGCAUAACUUUGUGAAAAAGAACGAAACCACACGCACGAGCGGAGUGGCCAAGUGCUCCCGCAACGGAAUCCUGAGGCGCAUGCAGUUGAUGCGCGAGCAGCGCGUCACGCACGAAAUGGGCGAAAAGGAGAAGGCCAAAAAGGACCUCACCGUGACGUUCUGGACUUUGGCUGUCCAGCGGAAGCCGGAGCUGUUCGCACGGCCCCGCGGGCGCCUUCACUGGGAGACUGGCGUUUCCGACACGGAAACGCGGCAACUCGUCCAGUGUGGGGACGAACGCAUGCGAGACGAGUACCUCGCUGAGCACGGGGAGGCGCUCCGAGCCGAGGCGUCUGCACUCCGAGAGUCGGCAAAAGCGAGGCUCCGGAGCCUGGAAGACGAUGAUCCCGUCAUGCCCCUGACGAACGCCCAGUGGCUCAAGUGGUUGGAUUCCAACGAAGCGGAGUUUCGAGAGCACCUGGCUUCUGCCACACAGGCGCGCCGAGAGCUCAACAAGCGUGUGACCCCUCUGGAGGGGCUCCUUGACAUGGAGAGACUGCAGCCAGUGCGCGUUGGCGGUGCCCGUUCGACGUUUGUUCGCUUGCUCGCCAAGCAGCCGCCUGGCUUGUUCUCUGUCGCUUCGAACGGACAAAAGUACACUUUUUGGGCUUUCUCCAUGUGGCAGGACACGUGGGGAUUCUUACUACCUCGGGAUGGGCGCUCAAUGACACUCAACGUGGCCGCGGGGUUCGCGGACGUCUACAGGCCGAUCGCAGAGGUUCUCCAGGAAGCUGGUGCGGUCGUCCAUGCGGACGAUUGGGAGCUGAAGCGCAUUGUGGCGAGACUCUCAAGCGCGUCGAAGGACGAGGCCACGUUGUGGAUCGAGGACUUGAUGGAUAUUGAGGAGGACGACUGCGCGGACGAUGCCGACGCGGGCGCCCCCGAGCAGGAGGGCGACGACGUUGGCGAGAACGUUUGGGAGAGCGAGGCCAGCGACAUCGCCGAGCCGCCGGCCGCCCGAUCUCCCGGACUCGUCGUCAUGAUGCAGCUCGUGCAGAACAAGGAGGCGCGGAAGCGCGCGGGGCGUGCCCUCCGCGACAUGGCCAAGAGGCCCGGUUCAGGGAUCACAGCGGAGAUGGCCCAGGACGAGGAGUACAUCCAGCGGUACAUGACUCUGGCGGCCAGUCUCCCGUCGAGCUCUGGUAGGGUUCAGGCUGCCGACCUCACCAACUACAGUGCCACAGCGAGCUCGUCUACUGAGGUGAUACUUCCUUACUUGGCGCAAUACAAGGUGAAGCUUCCUAAAGUACCGGAGGCGGCCGAGAAAUACUUGGUGGACCCGCGCGGUUUCGCAGACUUGCCCGCGAAUUGUCCGGCCGAUGGCGUGUGGCUUUUUGACAUGCAGGUACGCUACGACAAGGCAGUAGAUAUGCUCGACCUCGGCAUGGGCCUGGCCGAGGUCCGCUUGCGCGCUGGGAACACUAGGACGUUCCGCUUGGGUUCUGGGUCCGCGCCGGCUUUGCCGGACGGGCCGCCCGCCGAGCCGCCGACGGAGGCCGCGCCGCCGACGGAGGCCGCCACGCCGGCGGAGGCCGCGCAGCCGCCGGAGGCCGAGGAGCCCGCGACGGCAAAACGGGCGAGGCGAGAAGUGCGAGAGCGCCCGUCCGAUACCGACCUGCCGGACGAGGUGGUGGCGCUGAAGAUGUUCGACCAGGCCACGGAGGCGGGUAGAGCGGGGAAGUAUUGGUCGCCUGAUCCUUUCCACACAGACACCGUCGAGCAGGUGAUGUGCAGGUUCACAGAGCACGUGUCGGAGGUGGCCGGCAAAUUUGGGGCGGAGUCAUGCAAGACGGCAGAGGCGCCCGAGUACAUGUUCAAGUUCUACGCCGGGGUCACGAAGGUGCUGCUGCAGGGCCCGGUGUAUGAGGACGUGCGCCACUUUGCGAAGCACUUUCGCAAGGCGCAUGGCAUCUGGCCGGCUGUCGUGCCGCAGCUGGCCAUGGGGUUGUGCACCAUAUCCGACAUGGAUUUCGGGAAGCACGUGUCCUUGGACGGCGACGAGAUCAAGCAGAUCCAGGGCGGCAUGAGAUGGUCGGCUUGGGAGGUCUUGAAGGGCAGCCCCUUCUUCUCCAAGUUCACGGCCGACAGGAACAAGGCCCUGGUCCACAAGGUCAAGGGCGCCGAGACGAUGGACCCCGGGACGCGCCAGCAGAUCGUCUCCUCGGUUCUCCAGCAGGCGAAGCGGGCCGAGGGCAGCGACGAGGCGGCCGCCGCCCUCGCCGCGGAGUUGACUUUGGUGUCGACGAUCAUGGGGCCCAUCGGGAAUGGCGACGUGCUGUCGCUGCUCUUCGGGAAGGAUAAGGAGACGGAGCGCAUGGCGGCCUUCGACCGCGUCCGCGAGUGGUUCCCGAGCAAAACCGACGUCCUGGGCACCCAGAUGUUCGCCCGUGUCUCUCCGGACUUCUCUUCGUGGGGGGAGUCGGGCUACUUGGCGUCCGCUCGCUUCGCGUGCGCGGCGGGUCUCGACUUGUCCCUGGUGCCCCACGCCGGCGUCAAAAGCACGUUGCAGAUGUUGAAAAAGUUCAUGGGCUUGCCGGGCGCUGCGGGCCGGCACGGGCAGAACAUCGUGGACGGAGUGUUCCUGGAGCUGUCCGCGAAGAAGUGCGGAUUGGCGAGCUCCCGGGCCCGGCAGGCGGCGCCGAUCCUCCACGAGCCGCGCGCCGCGCUGUACGACGGCAUCCUGCGCGCCGCAGGUCCCGCUUUGCACAAGGCCCUCGCCAAGGCCAAGGACGCCGACGCGCCGUUCGCCCAGGCGCUGAAGGCGUGGGCGGCCGAGGCGCCCGCGACGCCCGCCGCCGAGGCGAGCAAGGAGGCGAGUCCAGCGGCCGCGGCGGCGCCGACCGCCGCGGGCGCCCCGGAGGGCGGCGCGGAGACGAGCCCGGGGGCGGGCGAGACGGCGGGCAAGGGGGCGAGCCCGGCGGCCGCGGCGGCGCCGACCGCGAAGGAGGCCCCGGAGGGCGGCGCGGAGGCGACCCCGGGGGCCACGGCGCCGGCCAAGGGCCCCCCGGGGCCAGCGCCCGGAGCGCUGGCGAAGCCGGCGGCGGACGAGAAGGGCUUCAAGGAGGGCGAUGUGGUCGAGUUCGUGUUGACCAAAAAGGCUUUAAAGGAGGUGUUCGGCGGCCACACCGCCUCCGUGGUCCAGCCCAUGGCCGAUGGCAAGAAGUACAAGGUCCAGCUUCUGUCGGGCAAUGAGAAGGGGGACGCAGUCAAGGGGAGCGUGCACACCUUCACGGUUGGCCAGCUGAAAAAAGUUGCACCGAAGGCCGUCGUCCCGGCUGCUGGCACGAAAAACGUCAUCCCGGCUGCUGGCGCGAAGAACGUCGUCCCGGCUGCUGACGCGAAGAGGGCUUCGGAGGGCGGCGCUGCUGAGCCCGCGGAGAAAAAACCCAAGGUGGACUUGGACAAGUACUUCGGCAAGACGGAAGGGAUCUGCUGA